AUGUCAUUUUUAAAUGGCACCAGUACAACGCCUUCUUCUUUCAUCCUAAAUGGCAUCCCUGGUCUGGAAGAAGAGCAUUUUUGGAUCUCAUUUCCCCUGUGUACUAUGUACAGCAUUGCUCUUACAGGGAACUUUGGCCUUAUGUAUCUCAUCUACUCUGAAGAAGCCUUACACAGACCUAUGUACAUCUUCUUAGCCCUUCUUUCCUUCACAGAUGUGCUCAUGUGCACCAGCACUCUUCCCAAUACUCUCUGCAUACUGUGGUUCAGCCUCAAGGAGAUUGAUUUUAAGGCCUGCCUCAUGCAGAUGUUCUUUGUGCACACCUUCACAGGGAUGGAGUCUGGGGUGCUCAUGCUCAUGGCUCUGGACCGCUAUGUGGCCAUCUGCUACCCCCUGCGCUAUGCCACCAUCCUCACCAAUGUUGUCAUUGCCAAGGCUGGGCUCCUCACUUUUCUAAGGGGUGUGAUGCUUGUCAUCCCCUUCACUUUCCUCACCAAGCGCCUGCCAUACUGCAGGGGCAAUGUCAUCCCCCACACUUACUGUGACCACAUGUCUGUUGCCAAGAUAUCUUGUGGAAAUGUUCAGGUCAAUGCUAUUUAUGGUUUGAUGGUUGCCCUUCUGAUUGGGGGCUUUGACAUCCUGUGCAUCACAAUCUCCUAUACUAUGAUUCUUCGGGCAGUUGUGAGUCUAUCAUCAACCGAUGCUCGACAGAAAGCUUUCAGCACUUGCACUGCCCACAUCUGUGCCAUUGUCAUCACUUAUGUCCCAGCCUUCUUCACCUUCUUUACACACCGUUUUGGGAGUCACACUAUUCCUCCCCAUGUACACAUCAUUAUGGCUAAUCUCUAUCUUCUCAUGCCUCCCACAAUGAACCCUAUUGUGUAUGGGGUAAAAACAAAGCAGAUACGAGACAACGUCAUUAGGAUCUUUUCUAAGGGAAAGAAUAAUUCUCAAAAUAUCUAA